CGAAUAUUAGAAAUGUCGGAAAGCAUACAAGAAUGUUUGCAUUUGUAUUUAGAAGAUAAAAACGGUAUAUCUUGCAUAAUAAUUUAUCUUCCAGUGACACAUGUCGAACGAGCAUUCACGUUAUUGAAUUUAGCGUCCAACUCAUGGAAACCUGGGAAGAACUUUUCCUAUACAAGUCAUGAUAUAUUACAUUUGGCUGUAGUUGCUGCUGAGGCAAAGCUAAGCGGUACCGCCAUUUCUGUCAUUAAUGUUUUUGAGAGUGUUUUUGGUGGUAAUAAUGAAUUUUCAGAUCUAGUGUCAUUACUUUUUGCCGAAAUAUUGUUUCAAAAAAGUGAAUUUUCCAUUAGCACGAUAGGUCUGGCCAUGGGUCACGUUGAAAAAUCGAUUUACUUUGCCACUGAGAGUGAUCACCAAAUUAUUGUCAAUAACUUAUUGAUUCUUUUAUACAAGUUUGUACGAAUGAAAGCAACAUUAUUCAAGAGAGCAGAACUACCUCUAUUUUUAAGGCCGAAGUUAAAGUUGCUGAUGGAUAUGCAUAUUAAAGAUUACUCUUUUAUAUUACGUUUUGGAAUACUUCUUAUCGAAACAUUCAUACAAGUCGGAUCCAGAAAGGAAGCGAGCCAGUUGUUAGAUACGUUAGCUGGUGGUGUUGCACGUCACGUUCCUGAACAAAUGGUUGAACUUCUUGCAACUGCCAGUGGGGGCAACCUAACGAGCGCUGAACGCUAUAUAAACUGGGCGCUUGGAGUGUAUAGUGGUAAUCAAACAGAAUUAUCCAUAAACCAGCCUACCAAAAGUUCUGUGUCUCAAGCAAAAGAGCGGAAUAUACCGAUGAGUGGACCAUUGGCACAUAGUUUAAUCAGCUUUGGAAUAGUACCCUCAAGUCGUCUAGCAAGGCUACGAGCAAGCACAAAAAAUCCAAGUGAACAAAGUGAAGAAUUUUUGAAAAUUCUACGACUGCUUGAAAUUCAAGAUGAAAAUAACGAACUAAUAACGGAUAAACAAUUAGAGAAUAAAAUAUCAAACAUCGGAGAUUCACCAAUCGAUGAUACUAAUUAUAGUAGUAACAAUACUGAAAUGAUCAAUAACUCUGAGGAGAUCAUAGAUGAUGUGCUUUCUCCUAAGUCUUUAACCACUGAAACUCGAUUCAAAUUACUAGUGAGCUUGACACAGUUGGCUCUUGAUCGUGAUCUACUGCAUAUUUGCUUAAAAUGCAUCAAGCAAUGCGAAAGUAUUAUCGAGAAAGAAAAGUUAUCGAACAAAGAAUCAGCUUCAAUGAUAAUCCAUUUUCUUUCACUUGAAAUAAACACUCAAAACCUUGCGGUGAAGGUAGCCAAAACUUCUAAUCAGUACUUAUCGGUUCAUUAUCAUGGGAUGCAGAAGUGUUAUAAUUUAUUAGAACAAUGUUUAUCCUCUCCUACCUAUCAACCAGAAACAAUUAUUCAAGGUUGUCUUACUUUGUGGCGUUUAUGUUCACCACUGAUACAGCAUAAUUCACAGACUAGGCUAAAGACAUUUAAAAGUUUACAAUUGAUCAACCAUCAUUUAACUAAACAAGAUAGUUUAUAUUUUCGUCUGAGAUGUGAAGUGCAUAUGAUGAUAGCCUAUUGUCAAGCUGAUAUGGAACAAAUCACUGAGGCUUUAGACAGUAUUGACAAGGCUAUGAAAUUUGACGAAACAGGAGAGUUUUUAUCUAGUUUAAAUUAUUACAAAAAAUGCUUAUUAUUACGUUCAAACUUAUAUGAAAUACCAAAUGAACCAAUUGAACAAGCACGUCAAAUCAUUGAACGUCUUCAAAAUACUAAUAAUCUAUCAUCAACUGAAAUAAUAAAACUUUUAAAAUAUACAAAUUAUUUUAGUAAUAAUAAUAAUAAUGGUAAUGAGCUUGAUGAAUAUAAAAGGAACAACUUUAAUGAUUUGUUGAGUACUUUAUUAAUUCAAAUUGGUAAACUGGUUGGUAAAAGUAUAUUUGAAGAAGUAUUUAAAUAUGAAACAAUUCAAUAUGGUGGUUCGAAAUUAUUAUUAGAGUAUAAACAUAAAAGUUAUAAAGAACUGCUUUCCCAAAUAAGUUCCUACAAACAAAUUUGGUUAAAAAUUAAUGAGAGAAUUAAGCAUCAUUGUGAAAUGAUUAGUGAAAAUGCUGAAUGUGAAAUAAAUGAAAAAUUACUUGUAUGGUUCGAUUUGAUCAAAUUAGCUAAGAAAUAUCAAAUAUGGGAUUUGUGUUCAACAUUUUGCCGAUUAUGUUUAGUAUUCGAUGAUGAUACCUACUGGAGCAUACUACUAAAAAAAUUAGAGCAGUAUAGAACUACUCGAGUUAAACCCGUUAUUGGUCCAACAACUAACUUAAAAUCAACAGAUGCAAAUUUAACUACUCAAACAGCAUCCAAAACAGAGAUUCAAAAUCCAUUAAACAAAUCAAAGUCAAACCCACGUACCAUAACUAAUUAUCCAGAUAUUGUUACCAGUUUCGAAUUGAAAUUAUAUAGUGCAUUAUCUCAGAUAUAUUGUAUAUUUGCUGAAUGUUUAUGCGUCUUGUUACGUCAACAAAUGUGUGGUAUUCAAUUAGCUGGUAAUUUGAACAAUCUAAACCCAUCCUGGUUCGAUACUUCUUUAUUGAUAAAUAAUGAUAGUGAUAAUCAUAAUCAAGAUGUCAGGAAAUCUAAAGAACAACGUGAAUAUAACUUGCAAUGGAAAAAUUACUGCGAAUGGUUUAGUUUUGUCAAUGAAGCUGCGUUAUUAGCAUUUCAACGUAGCGCUGUUUUAUCUGCAAGAAUAGUCGAUUCAAAUAAUUUACAUUCAUGUGCCGUAUGUGUAUGGAAUUACUGUCUUCCAACAAUAUGUCAGAAUGAUCAUCGUCAACUAACUACAACAUUUUCAGUGAUUUUAGAGAACGCCAAUAAAAUUGGAUCUAGUUGUUUACCACACGAAUUGUAUAUUCAAAUGGCAACUAUACUUGCUCAUGGGUUGAUUCAACCUUGGCUACCGAAAUCAUUAAAAUCAACAUUUUCAGCUGAUGAGAAAAAUAAACCUGUACAACUUAAUAUACAACAAAAAAGUCAAAAAGUGAUUCGAGGAAAGUCAGCCAAACCAAGUUUUUAUAUUGCACCGCCAGAAGGGCAUCCUCACAUUAAAAAAGCAAUAGACUGGUUGAUAUUAGCUGGGAAACUAUGUGAACCAAAUAGAUUGGAUCUACUUCAGAAUAUUGAUGAGUCAUAUCAACUACAACCAAUUGUACCAAUUAGUACACGUUCAUCUUUAAUAGUUUGUUGGUUGAUAGCGAAACAGUUGAUUAUCACCCCUCCAGUAUGUCGAAGUUUAUUUCCAUUGGAUUUAUCAACUGAAACUACCAAUUAUACUGAAAUGAAUUCUACAUCAGAUUCUGACAGUCAAACUCGUAAACUUGCAUCAACUAAUCAAAAAGAAGCUCAAAUCUACUUGGAGACUUUAAUAACUCGAACACUGUUAUCAGUGCAUUCAUUAUGGCUUACUAAUAAGCAUAAAUAUAUAUCUGAAUGGCCUGUUACAGUCUCAAAACUUAUAGAUGAACAAAGUACGCAGACAUUAGUUGAAUCAUUGAAACAAGGAGAUAUAUUAGCUGGAUUUAAAGAUGCCCCGACACUGGCAGAGGCUAUUCAUUUGAUGCAAUUAACAUUUUGCAAUCAGAAGUCUGAUGUACACACGGAAAAUCCCACAGGUAAAUCAAAUACAAUCAAAGAGCAAGAAAACAAUAUUAGAUAUGAUUUGAGAUUGGGUCAAGCAUCCAUAGAACGUUUCACAGAACUUGAAUUAUGGACUCGUUUAGCUAUGACUGCAUUUAUAACAUCACAAUUUUCAUCUAUUCUAGACAUCAUCGACAUGUCUAAUAUUCAAAUAGAGUUAUAUCAAGGGGUUAAACAAUCCGAUGUGAAUAUCAAUUAUUGGCUGAUUCACUUACUUUGUCUACGAGGUUUAGCCAUAUUCGGUAUAUCAAAUCAAAUGAAACUGUUUCGUCAACAAAAUUUAAAAACCAGUGGAAAGUAUACCCAGCAGCAACAAACACGCGGAAAACAACGUUUCACCGAUAUAAAAUUUAAACAUGUUGAACUUCUGGGUCAAAAGCGUGAUAAAAGCACAACAAGUGAAGAUAGUCAAUCAAUUGAGAACAGCUUAUUUGAAGCGGGAGAAGAGGCCUUCUAUAAAGCGUCCAAUAUUGCUCAUAAAAUUGGACGUUAUGAUUUACUGGUCAUGUCAGCUGCAUUAUACUGGUCAUUAUUAAAUCAUUCAAUUUUGGCACCAUCAAACCAAAUCACUCAUGUUUUACAAAAAAUAGAAUCGUUUGCAAAGAAGAUUGAAAAUAUAACCAAAUGGUUAAGUCAGUGUAUAAAAACUGAAGUCAGGAACGAGUUAGCAGCUCAAAUUCGAAAUAGUGAAAAUAAACAAGAUUUAACUACAGAGUUUUCUACUUUGAAAUUGGAAUCUAUUCUAAUGGAUUCCGUCAAGUGUACAAAAGAAGUUUCAAGUUUAUAUGAAACAGUAAUCAUUCCAUAUCCUACAGUAAAUCAAUUUGAAAUGAAUUUGCAGUUAAGAGUUGAUAUGUAUAAAGCUUUAUACAAUGUUUAUUCAGAACAGGGGAAUUUUACAGAAGCAUUAAGUGUGCUGGCCAAAGCUACAACUAGCUUACCGCGUACCAAACACAGGAUGUCAUUGUUUCGUCAACUCGUAGUUACAAAAGCUAAAUUAGGUCAGUCAAUAGAAUUGGAUAUGCAAAAAUUCACAUCAGAACCGGAAUAUUUACAAGCACAAAUAUGGAUAGAAAUUGCUUAUGCUAGCUCAGAUAUCAACGUCCAAUUGAUGGCAUUCAAACAGUCGGUUAAUGCUAUAAAAAGUCCCGAUUAUUGGGUGUUAAAGUCUGAUCUCUUGUUACAGUUUGCUCAAUGGUUAUUUGCCCAUGGAUAUGAUAUGCCUACAUGUAUAAGUUUAGCUGAAGAAGCUGUGGAUAUAUUAAAUGAUUUAUAUAGAAAGAAUUAUGAUUUAGAUCAGUACAAAGAAACGAAGUAUAGUCAACUUAUAUUUCAUUCAGAGAAUGUUCAAUAUUUAGAUAUUUUAAUGAGAGCAUGUGUUUUAUUAGCGGAGUUUCGGGAUGCAAACAAUACAAAUAUUGAACAAGAGCAUGACCUUCAUUCAAUGGAUUAUUUAAUUAUUGCUGUUAAUUGUGUUAAAACUAUUUUAAAUCUUGCUGUCUCAUCAGUCAUUGAAAGCCCACGUUUGGACCAAAAAUCACCGAAAAGUCCUCGAUCUACUUCAGUUAAAUUGAGAUCAAAAUCGAACGAAGCAACUGGUAGUGAAACUAAUCGUGGAAAACAAUGUUGUAACCCUAAUUAUAAGAAAAUAAUACCUGAUACAAUCAUUGAAUGGUCUACUUAUGAAUUGUCGGAUGAUAUUUUACAAGCUUGGCAGAAAAAUUAUACCGAAUAUCAAAGGAAAUCAACAAAUUUGAAUGAAUUUGAUUUAGAAAAUGAAAAUGAAAAUUCCUCUGGACUAAUGGAUAUAUUUUCCGUGAAAAAACAAAUUAAUCCACUGACAAUUCGUUAUCCUCUUGUAACUAUGGCAUGUUUGGACCGUCUGUUGGAUUUGAUCACUGAAAUGGGUCCAGGUCAACUUGGUUAUCCUAUUUUAGUUUUUCAAGACGGUCUUGUUCGCAGUUGGGAGAGAUAUGAUAAAUCAUCUUCGUUCGCAAAUUGUGCUUGUAUUAGAAAACUUAUUCACUUGAAGUCAGUGGAACUCUCCAGUUGCUUGGGUUUAUCAUCCGGAGUAACCAAUCAUCAAAAUAAAUUAAAUUCUUUAUUGCCCAGUGAACAAGAAAUAGCUGAUGCAUAUACACUAUUAAAAACAAAUCCAACUGAUCCAUAUAUAAAAGAUUUAAUUAAAAGUUGGAUUCAUUUAGGCGACCGAUUAGCCCGUAUAGGUCAAUGUUCUCAUGCACGUAUAUUUUUGAGUAUAUCUGAACAAUUUAUUCUAUAUCAUAACGAUCAAAUGAAAUAUUGGUUACUUGCUAGAGCAAGAUUAGCUCUAGUUGAAGGUCAAUAUAAAUUAUCUCGAUCAUUAAUUUCGAAAAUAUUUGAAUUUAAUAUAGAAGAUGAAUCCUUUUGGUUUGAUUGUCUGUCAAUAAGGAUUGAUACUUUAUGUUAUGAUCCUAAUCUAACAAUACAUAAUUUCAAUUUAUCCGAAAUAAAUGAUAAACAAGAUUUCAUGAAUUACACUUCAUGUCCUUUACAUUAUGGAAUACAAACAGCUAUAAAAGAAAUUGACUUAGCAAUAAAUGAGUUACAGAAAAGAAAAGAAAAUUUUAAAUCAAGAAAUGGUUGGUUUAAUAAAUUACAAGGAAUACUUCUGUCAAAAAAAGCUCAAUUAAUUACUAGGAUUGAUGAAAUGAAUUAUCAUUAUUGUACAAUAUUCAAUUCAUCGGAUAAAUCGUUAACGUGUGAUUUACCAACACGUCCAAUAAAUUUACUGAUUAAUCUGAAUGGUGCCCCAAAGUUAUUUGAAGAAGUCAUUUGUCUUUUGACUUCAAAUAAACGAAAUGCUCUUAGAUUAGGCUGGAUGCCAUUACUAGCCUACUGGGUUAGAGGAUUCAAACAUGAAGUAAACUCACACAUCACAAAACUACGCACAAAAUCAUGUCAUCCAUCUACUCUCUGUAAUUCAUUCGAAACUACUUUAACUAUUGCACGUCAGUGUUUAAACUUUGCUUAUGAAACUGUCAAAUUGGCUGAAUCUUUUACUACCCUAGACGAACUGAAAGGAUGCAGUUUACCAGUUCAUAGAGACUUAAUUGAAAUCAAAUUUAUGCUGAUAACUGUCUUACUUGAUAUGAUGAAAUUACAUGUAAUCUAUAUGAGAACAAAACUUCAAGAGAAUACUUUAAAAAAUCCAUUAUAUUGUGCUGUCGAAAAUUAUAUCAGUGAAAAUUCUUCAGAUAGUUUAAUUGAAUUGUCGAAUAAAUGUGGUCAAUCUAAACAACAAAUAUGGGAUCGUUCUAUUGUAUAUGCAUUCGAUGAAGUAUGCUCUUUAUUAUCGGAUAUAUUUAAUAUGAGUGAUAAACAACCUCAUCUACUUGCAAAGUGUUACUUUUACUUCGGUGAAUCAAUUUACUUAAAAGGUCAACUAAUAUUACCGGAUCUUCAAGAUAACUGGAGUCCGGAGAGCAAUGAUAAUGAAGUAGUUAACUUUCAACCAAUCAUCCAAAAUAGUACAUUUAUUCAAGAGAUGACAAAAAAUUUGGAAGAUAUUACCUUACAUUCAGGUUUUCGUUGGAGAACUCAUACUGAUGUGCUCAAUGACUUGAAAACUUACAAUUCAGUAAUGGAUCUAUUCUCACAAGCUUCAUCAUUAUUUAUUAUAUGCUUGAAAAUCUGUCUUGCUCAAAAUUUCAUGGGUCUAGCACGUCAAGUUACUGAAUCUCUACUGAAUUUACUUGGUGGAUGUCAUGAGAGUGUUUCUACAUUAACACAAGAUUUACUAAUUGGAUACCAAAGUUGUUCAACAGCUGUUCGAUUGCGAACUCAUUUCUGGCUAACAAUAUUAGCAUAUGAUGCACAUAAAUGUUCUGUAGGUAGUCAGUGCAAUUUGAAUGUAGAAAAUGAAUAUUCUGAUAGAUCUAUAUUAAAUGCUUCAGAAGCACUUGUUCGUCAGUUAAUGUGGUCUUCUCCAUCUUGUACAUAUGACGAUGACAGUUUAUUCACUACAUUUGGAUUUUGCUCAACCAUGGAGCCUUCAUCUUAUCCUGAAGCAUUAGCUUGGAUAACAGGACUUAAAUCUAAUCUAAUUUCUAAUCGCCUACGUUCUGUCGGAGGUUUAUGUAGUGGAUCAGAUGAUCAUAGUAUAUCAGCUAGUCCAUGGAUACCAGUGAUUUUACGAACUUUAACGUCACAAUCACAAGCAUGGAGAGUAACUGAAGUGAAUUCUUCUGUAAUUUUUGAUUCUAGUAAAGUUCUUCAAUCAACUCUAAGUUCACUACCUGGAUCUAAUUUACAAAUAACUAAAAGCUGGAAUCUUCUUAUUAUGGAACAUUCAAUUAACUCACACUUUUUAUAUGUUGCUAUACCUAAACCUAUGAACAGAGCCGUGUCGAAUCGAGAUCAUCGGAGCAGUAUACCAGCCAACAAAAGUGCAAAUAAAGGCACUUUUCAGUACACUUUCCUUAGAAUAGAAACUGAUCCAAUCUCAAAAUAUCAGUUGAUUUACUCAUGGAAAAAAUGUUUAAAUCAUUUGGAUGAACAAUUAAAAAAAGCUGCAAAUAUUAAAAGUAAUAACAGUAAUUUAUUUAAACAAAUAACAAAUCAAAUUUUAAAAAUAAAAAGUGAUUUGUUUCAAAACUCAAUUGAAGAUAUUCAAUUAUUCAAUUAUUUAAAUCCAAUAUUUGAAAUAUUAUUAAAAUAUUGGUUACCAGAACCAGAUUCAAAUAAUAAUCAAAAUAAACUUGACGACAAAUUAAAUAAUGAUGAUAAUAAUAAUAAUAAUAAUAAUAAUAAUAAUAAUAAUAAUAAUCCAAGUGGAAUCGUUUGCCAAAUCAAUAAACUAAAUCAAUUAUCUUAUCAAUUAGAACAAUAUUUAAAUAAUCAAUCAGAUCUUUCAAAAGAUGGUUUAUUAAUUAUUUCCGAUUUUUGGUUAAAUGAAUUACCAUUAGAAUUUUACAUUAUGAAUAUAUUAUUUAAUAAUAUAAGUAGUAAUAAUUAUAUAAUAAUUAGAAGGCAUAGUUCAAUAAUACAAAAAAAUUCAACGAAUACAAUAGUAACACCAAACUCUAUGAAACAAAAUAAUUCACCACUUUUAAAAAAAAGAAAUAAUACAAUGAUACCAUUUAGCUGGUUGACAAGAGAAUUCAGUGUACAAUUACUUUAUGCACGUUUAACAGGCCAUCAGAACACACACAAAACCGAUGACUUAUCGGAUAACACACAUGAACAAAGUGUACAACAUAAAACUUCAAGGAAACCAGAAACUACCCGUGGAAUUAGUCUCCAUCCUCUAUUACGUGAUGUUGGAUCAAAACAACCACCAUUACAGUCCUGCAAACAGCAAAAUACAGGAUGUUUACUUAUCGACACAACAUAUGUACGUUACUUGAUUGAUCCAUUUAUGGACACUGAUAUUAUUACUUCUAUUAACUCCAGUAAUGUUUCAGAACAAGCCGAUAAUAAUAACCGAAAUGAUUUCUCUCGUGAUACAAAUUUACAAAAUGACACAGUAGUCAUUAAUUAUUCAUUUAAAAAUCAUUUCCAAUUAUUGCUGAAAGAACCAAUAACACGUAGUCAACAAUUCACUUCACGUUGGAUUGGAUUAGUAGGUGAUAGUGAACUUGGUAAAGUACCAUCAGAAGAAGAAUUAUUAGUAUUUUUAAAUGAAGGAGCCAGUGGAUUAAUCAGUUAUAUUACAGAAAAUUUACUUUCUUAUUCGCCUCCAUCUACAUUUAUUAAUUUAUCAAUUCCUAAUUGUCAUUUAAUAUGUCUUCUGGAUAAAAUUUACACAAGAACUAGCCGCCUUAGACAGAUUAAACUUAAUGCUCACAAAACGAUAACGGAAUAUGAACUAGAACAACCACUGUCUACAGCUAUCAUUUCCUCAUUAGUUGGGUCACGUUCUACAAUCCUGCUCCAAUGGUCUACACGACUACAUUGGAAUCAGUUUAGAAUGGGAAAACUUAUAAAACAUUUAUUAGAUCACGUUUAUCCAAUUGGACAAUCAACUUUACUGAUACAAUAUGAACUUUUCAAAAUGGAAUUAGAUAAUUAUUUGGAUCGUUUAAAGCAAAUUAUUGAAGAUAAAAAUAAUCAGCUGUUGGAACGGAAAUCAAUCAAUGAAAUCGAUUAUCAAUUUGAUGAUCAAUAUAAACAUUUAGAAAUCCCAACAUUAGAACCAUUUAAUAUGGUUAUUUAUGGACUUCCAAAUAUUUCAUUCGCUUAGGGGAUUAUCUAUAUUUUCUUUUAAUGAAAUGAUCUUUAAAACUGAACAGUAUUGAUAUUUAUGUUACAAUAUUUGAUAGAAUUAAAAAA